AUAAUACGUCCAAUUAAAGCUGAAUGCUAGCUCCCUUUUUAGCGCAACCUGCCAGGCAGGUUGUUCCAGUCGGGUUUCUUCAGGCGUAGCGCGCUAAUUUCAUGUUAUUUCUACUCAGACGCUGCCUGUGACGGGACGUGGCAUUCACAAGCACUCAGGAGUCAAAAUGACGUCCAAAAUGGUGGUCACACAACCUGGGCCCGUUAUGGUCCACCAGGAAUCUAGCGAGUGGGGGAGUGGAAUAUGUGACUGUUGUCACGACGUCCCAAUGUGUUGUUUUGCCUUCUGGUGCUUCCCCUGCUUUACCUGCAUUAAAGCAAGGAACUAUGGUGAGGCUCUCUGUCUCCCCCUGGUGGACUUCUUCCUGAGAGGAUGUGUCCCGGCCAUCACCAUGUCCAUGAGGGUGUCCAUGAGACAACGCUACGGAAUCAGAGGCACCAUGUUUAACGACUGCGUGUGCGCCACAUUCUGUCAGCCGUGCGUCUGGUGCCAGAUGGCCCGCGAGAUGAAUGAACGGGAAAUCCCGAUUGUUCUGGUUAACACAUUUAGGAAAACGUACGCAUGAGACAUCUUUUGAAUCAUUAUCUUGACGUAGAUCGGUAGCAUAUGUACAGGGUUGUCUAACUUAGUCGGAAAUACAAUACAAUGUAAUAAUAGAAUAAAACAUAUGUUCAUUGAGACACUUUUUAUUAGAUGUUUGAUAAGAUUUUUUUUUUACAAGUUGAUCCUUGCUAUAUUUUCUGAAGUGAACUAACCCAGCGGGCACAAGACAUUGAUACAACGUUGAUAAUACAUUCAUUUUUUGAAACAACGUUGCGAAAUAGUUGUAUUUGUAAAUUGAGACAACGUUGAUGCCCAAUGCUCCCGUCCAAAGGCAAAACCUAGUAACUCACUUCUAGCUGAUUUUGAGAAAACAAAGGAAAACCAAUCUAUCUUGAUGCUGUCUUACAAAGAUUUACAAAGUCAUCAAACGUAUAGAUGGUUUCUUGAGCUUUCAUUUUCUUGCCGAUUGAGCCAUGGAUUGAAUCUGCUCUCAUGAACGUGUGCCCUUUCUCCAGAUAUUUUAUCACAAUCUCGGGUAGGCCCCACUCUGCGUUUGCACAUUGGGCAAGAGCCGUGUACAGCGUCCAGUUUUUAUUUUGACCUCCACAGUUAUCUGCCCAAAAGAGUAUGCAAGGGGAAGAAUCAAGAACAAUACAUUUAAAGAAGGUGCUUGCAACGUCCUGGGCCAAUCUUCCAAAUAUCCCCUCGUGCCAUAAUAUCACAUAAUCAGGUUGACCGUCGGGCCCCAUUCGUGCAAAUGUCUCAUUAAAGACAAUAAGGCGACUGACAAAAAAGCUCCGAUUGGUCCCUUGAGAUACUAGGUUUUUCUGUUGUAUCUACGUGGUUAUGUGGUAGUUGCUAGGUCCUGCCAUGCGCGUAACAGCUUACUUACGGAACAAAUUACAAUACCGCAUACACUAAUGUAAAGCAUAUCACCUAGGAACUCCAAAAUUAUUAUCAGCUCAGUUUUGACCGAAAUUGAGUUACUGGGUUUUGCCUUUGGACGGGAGAAUGUAGCUGUUUAUGAGAGUUUGCAUACCUUAUAUAUGUUUAAUGAAUAAAUAAAUAAGUUAAUAAUGCAGAGAUAUAAAACAUUAUUAGAAAAUGUGUGAUUGUAAAAUCUCCUGAGCAAAAUGUAAAUGUAUUGUGUUAAUUGUAUUGCAAAGCGGAACGAUUGUUGUGAUGUUGCGACCACACGGACCGUAAACAAUGCAGAACAUGCCAGAGAGGAGGGUGCUUGAGCACGUUGUCUUCAGCUCUUCAAAAGAUUUGAGUGGAUUCUAUGAUUUGUGUAAAACUUCAAGCAAGUGAUUAUUAGAACCUCUUUUCGUUACAAGCAGCCAACGAGUUCUCACGGCGUUGGCGUUGGUGGAGGCGUGUCGGCGUGGAUGGUGUAUACAGCAAGAAGGAGUCAAUAAACGGCCGUUUUACAAAAAAGAACUUUCCUGUGUUGCCGUGUAUCGAAAGGAGCCACACCCAAUAUUGGAUCCACGUUGUGGGUUGGGAAACGACCAAAUGUCUAAGGUCAAAUCAAUGUCACAACCUGACAUUGAAUAUAUGUUGUCAAAAAGCAUGUUGUUUCAACAUUAGAAUAGGUUUUAUUGUCAUUAUUGCAAUGAACAGGUUCAAAGAACAACGAAAUUGGAGCAGCUCCUCCUAAGGUGCAUAUACAAUAUGGUAGUAUAAAUAAAAAAAUAAAAUAAAUAAAUAAAUAAAUAAAAAAUAAAUAAAAAAAAAAAAAGAUAGAGAUGACAGAUGUAUCUAUGUAUACAUACAUAAAACAUUAUUUCACAUUGUAGUCCAAAAAAAUAAAAAAACAUUUAAACAUUACACAUGAGGACAUGAUGGACAUAUGGACACUCAGUGCCUGUUUAGUGCUACUAUGGCUCUUGGGUAAAAGCUAUUUUUUAGUCUAUUGGUGCUCGCUUUUAGCACCCUGUAGCGUCUGCCUGAGGGUAGCAGUUCCAGGUGGCUGUGCCCGGGGUGGAAUGGGUCUUUCAGGAUGCUCUGUGCUUUCCUGAGACAGCGGGAGCUGUACAGGUCAGCCAGAGGGGGGAGGGGGCAUCCGAUUAACUUCUGGGCGGUCUUUAUGACUCUCUGGAGCGCCGUUCUCUCUGCGGCCGUGCAGCUGCUGAACCACACGCAGAUGCAGUAGGUCAGGAUGCUCUCAAUGGAGCACCGGUAGAAGGACACCAGCAGUUCCUGUGAGAGGUGGUUGUUCCUGAGUAUUCUCAGGAAGUGCAGUCUCUGGUGUGCCUUCUUGAUGGUAGCCGUGGUGUUGGUGCUCCAGGAUAGGUCGUUGGCCAGGUGGACUCCCAGGGAGCGGAAGUCGGAGACCCUCUCCACACAAUCACCACUGAUGAUCAGGGGCAGGAUGUCCGUUUUUUUCCUCCUGAAGUCUAUGACCAGCUCCUUGGUCUUGGAGGUGUUCAGGGCCAGGUUGUUGACUUUGCACCAAUCCGACAGCUUCUCCACCUCAUCCCGAUAUGCAGCCUCGUCUCCCUCCGAGAUUAUAUUUGUGUUGUAGAAUUUAGGUUGGGAAAUGACCAAACUUCAAUGAUCAAGUCAACGUGAGAACCCAACAUCGAUUAAAAGUCAUCAAAAAGCAUGUUGUUUCAACAUUAUAUUUGUGUUGUCGAAUAUUGCUGGAGAAAUGACCAAACUUCAAUGGUCAAGUCAACGUCACAACUUGUCAUUGAAUAAACAAUGUCAAAAAGCA